CAUGAUUGGCUACUUCAGUCAAUAUGAAGACCGCGACGUCUGAUUGGCUAGCAGUUUCAAACUAGGAAGUUCGAAGGAAGUGGAUUGUAAACAAACGUGAAGAAGGCUCGGUCCGCAGCCCCUCCGCACAGAGAUGUUCAACAUGUUGGAGGCGGCCGCAGAGCAAAUGAUGGUCCACAAAGAUUUCCAUGCAGCCUUUGACACAUGCGACAGAGGUCUGCGGAGUCUCGCCAGCAUGGAGUCAGAGGACAGCAGGUGCGGAGAGUUUAAAGCUGGUUUCUGCAUCUUAGGGAUUCAAGCCCUGGCUGAGCUGAACCAGUGGCACGGUGUCCUCUCCUGGGUCCUUCAGCAGUACGAGGACCAGGAGAAAAUACCAGCAAAAAUCAUGCAGAUGUGCAUACUUCUUUACUCUAAGGUGGCUGAGCCUGCUGUGAUGCAGGAGGCAGCCAGAGUUUGGUUACACUGCCCAUCCAACAGCAGAGUACCAGGGUUUGGGACAGUCGCAGAACUGUACUUGUUGCAUGUCCUCGUGCCUCUCGGACACACAGAGGAGGCUCGGGAUCUGAUCGUCGGUGAGGUCGGAGGCAGUGCGUUCACGGAGGACCAGAAACAGGAGGCGCUGGAAGUUGUAGUAGAAAAAGAGCAACAGAAUCGAGAACCGCCUCUGAACCCUGAUUCUGAGACCGCUGCACGUACUGUCUCAACUAAAGGUGCUGUAAUCCCUAAACUUCAAGCCAUGCUCAGGUUUUUAUACAGAAAACUGUCCGUGAGCGGCUCUGGCUCAUUCCCUCUCCGGAGAAUCUUUCUGGCUGCUGUCCUCCUCUACAUGCUCUUUCUUCGACUGGAUCCAGCUCUCCCGUCUUCAUUCAUGUGGAUUUCCAAACUUCUUCAGCUGCUCAAACAGAUGUGGAGUGCCAUGUUUGCCCCGUACUGGACUGUAAAAGACUGAAAAUCACUUUAGAUUUUACCACGUUUUGACCACAGUUUAAGCUCUUUAUGAAGUGUUGCCAUACCUUUGAAAAGGUACAAACAAGAUCUUGCAAACAAUAUUUGCUGUUUUUUUUUAGUUAGAAACCACAGACUUUUGAUGGCAUCAAGAGGAUCCACAGACUAUGAGAGGCUGAUGUUUUUUUUUUUUUCUUUUGUCUUGUCAGUGCACAUCACUAAGCUUCUCCCACCUCUUGUCCUCACUAACACAUCAGAAUUGUUGCAAGAGCAGAUUUUUUAGGGCGGCACAGUGGCGCAGUGGUUAGUAUUGUCACGUCACAGCAAGAAGGCUCCAGGUUCGAGCCCAGGGCUUUUCUGUGUGGAGUUUGCAAGUUCUCCUUGUGCCUGUGUGGGUUCUCUGCGGGUACUCCGGCUUCCUCCCCCAGUCCAAAGACAUGCAGGUUAACUGGUGACUCUAAAUUGCCUGUAGGUGUGAAUGUGCGUGUGAAUGGUUGUUUGUCUAUAUGUGUUGACCCUGUGAUGGACUGGUGAUCCAUACAGGUUGUACCCCGCCUCUUGCCCAGUCUCAGCUGGGAUAGGCCCUUACAGAUAAGAUAAUGAAUGGAUGGAGCAGGUUUUUCAUCUUAAGGCAACAUCCUCUUCAACAUAAUAACUUUUAAUUAACCAGGAAGAUUAUUAACUACAUUUUUACAGGAGUGUCAGCUGCACCAUCAUCAAAUAUAACAGACUUUUAAAAUAUUCAGGGAACCAUUAAGGGUCAACAAAACAGAUUUGAGUAGAAGGUUAAUGUAAGAGCAGCAAAUAUACAAUUAGAAGGAAUAUGACAACAAAUACAUGUAAUAAACAUAUGAAAAUGCCAGUUUAA